UGUGUGUGUGUGUGUGUGUGUGUGUGUGUGUGUGUGUGUGUGUGUGUGUGUUUAUGUCCAUUCCCCAUUCCUGUUUAUAUUAGUGCAUUUGUGUGUGUGAUGGUGUGUGUGUGUGUUAAUCCUUCCCGCAGCCUUUAGGUUCAGUUUUGUGUUUUAGUUUUUUAGGUUUAUUUGGCCCUCCUCUGUUUCUGUUUGCCCAUUUUGAUUAUUAGAUUCACCUGUCUUCCCUCCAGCUCUCACUCCACACACCUGCCGCCAUUUUCCCUAAUCACUUCUCCCUGUGUAUAUAAGCUCUGUCUUGUCUGUGUCUGGUGUCGGUUCAUUGUUGUAUGUUGUCAGCGUUGCUCGUGCUCUGUUGUGAACUUUGCCUUCAGGUCUUCGUGCUCUUUGUUGAGCUUUUUGUCUCCAGGUUUUUUGUGCUCUAAGAAGAGCUUUAGGUGUUCCUGUUCCCCAGGACUUUUUGGACUUUGGCUCGGUCUCGGAUCACUUUUUGUUCUUUAUCCUAAAAAUAAAAGGAUUUUUACUUUGAAUCUCCUCCUGCCUCUUGUCAUCUGGGUAUCUGCAUCUUUGGGUCCUAAACAUCCUCACAACCUGACAGUCACCAAUAGAAGAAGAAAAGAUCUCUAGAGCGCCUCUCAAGAUAAAAAUCACGAGGCGCUUCACAAAAACAAAAAAUGUAAAAUAUAAAUUAUUUAGAAAAUUAUUAAAAAUAUAUUUAAAAUGAGCAAAAUCUAGACAAUUGUGAUUAAAACAUGUAAAGAAAGAGAGAGAGAGUGAAUAGGAAAGAGGAAAAUCAGUGGAUCCUGAGGAAGGUGGAAUAGGUAGGGAGAACAGAACAAGGAGCAGGUGAUGAAGGUCACACAAAAACCAGCCUGAACAAGUGAGUUUUCAGCUGCUUUUUAAAGGAGACCACUGAGACCUGUGAUCUCAGGCUCAGGGAGAGAGAGAUCCAGAGUCUGGGGGCCACAGCAGCAAAUGAUCUGUCACCUUUUUUUUUCACUUUAAUAAAGGAAUGUACUGAAAUGACUUUCUUUGAUCAACUGAUAAAAUGUACUCAACAGGCUAUACAACCCUAAAGUUAAACUUAUAGUGUUGUUUUCUUUUAAAUGAAGUUCCAAGGAGGAGUGAGCACCACCUCACCCCUGCCACAAAAGAUAAACCAUCAAUCCUGCUCUAUGGUCGACUUUCCUCGUGGGGUCACCCAUAAAGAUAGUGGGAGGGUUAAUUGAUCUUGUGAGGUCCACUUCCUGCAUGGCCUCAACUGAUGUUUCAACGGUUAGGGUCAAAAUAUGAUCAUACUUCAAUGCAUUUACAGUCAGUAAGUCUACAAAGGAUUCAGCUGUUUACAGUUAAAAUGGGAUUUAUAAAAAAUAAGCAGCCCACUGCCUCUACGAGAGGGGCUCUAGACAUUAAAACAGCUACAGUCCGCUGGUAAUAGUUCUCAAAUCCCCCAAUGGCAUCCAGGUCUCACAGAUACACCGAAAUCCAAGCCCUUGAGCAUCAGAACAGUACUUUCAAAUAAAAACUGUAUUCAUUACCAACCUGGCGUUGAUCAAGCCAAGCCGGACUGGCAGCGCAGUUGUUAAUCUGUCAGCAUUUGAGUUCGAAGACAUGGGGACAACUUCAGCAUCAGACACGUGGCGUAGAUUUGCACACCUCCAUCGGUAAGGAGGCACCAGAAGAUUACGUUGCAGCGGUAUCCUCGAUUCAAAUCUCACCAGCAGCACUAAGCAGGAUGGAGGAGGAUCCAGCAGGUGUGAUGGCGCCACAAGAUGGCUGCCAGGCCCAGACAGUCCAGCUCCUUCCAGAACAGAGGCGGCAUGGCGCACAAGCCCACGUGCAUUCUGUGACGGCAUCCCCGGCGCCUACGACGAUUCCUCCAAUGACCUAAAACCAGGACACGUCAUUGUGGAACAUGCGGCGCCGAGUUGCUUUGAGCCAAAAAAGUAUUUUUUUUUGUAAGUAAGCAACAGAACCAUAUUGCAGACCAAAACCAAAUAUAAACAAGUGCACAGGAGACAGACAGCAUCCACAUAAACUGGCGCCAUCCUGGGUCAGUCCAAACCUUAACCCCAUUUUAGGAAGUGGUUCUCCAGCUGCACAGCAGCACAGACGAAAGCGCAUCACAUGGUCAUCAAAGUGGACCGGGGAUAGUCGGCUGUCCUCUCUCACUAGAACUUAGAAAAUUCGUACGAACCCAUCACGCCCAGGACAUACUUACAUUGAUGUCCUGCCUUCAGCCAGACAUUUCAGAUCCAUGAAGAGAAAAACAAAUGAAUUAAGAAAUAGUUUUUAUAUUUCAGUCAUUACUGUGCUGAAUGCUGUAAAAUGGCCCAUUUGACCAUGUGCACUAGAUAAAGAGCAAAGUGCAAUAAUAACAAAGGUGUGCAGGUGUAGCACACUGUGAUUUUUGAUCAUAUUUUGAUACAUACUUUUGUGUUUUAUUCUAUUUUGCUGUGUACUUUAUGCUUGUUCACUGUUUUCUGCAUGGAAAUAAUUGCACCAAAAAUGUUGUUGCAUCAUGUCUCAUGGAUACAAUAAAAAACAUUUUUGAAUCUACAUAAGUGCAUGUCAGCAGUGAAUCAAAUUUAAAGCAAGAAUUUACCUCAUUGAAUUUACCAAAAAGCAAAGAGAGCUGAGGUGAAUUUAAGGCUUUCGGGUGACACCAUAACCCUUUAAGGCAAGUCAGGCUCUGCUUAGCUUUAGAUUAGAUCAAUGGCUUUACAAAGCUGAGCUAUUAUACAAGGAGAUUGUGUUCUUUACAAAGUUUUUAAGAGAAAUUUCUUUCUGCAGCACGACCAACUAUAUACAUGGGCUGCUGUCAACCAGCCACCACACUCAUUGGAUCUCCUGGAGGGGAAAGUAACCAGUCAAAUGAAGGGCCCCUGGCUGUCAGUGAGGCCAAGUGUAGACAACUGGCCUGGUCAUUAUCCCACAGAAGCAGAAGACAAUCAAGAGCAUUAUGAAACCACCCCAAGCUUGAGACCUGAGAAGGAGGAAACAGCUGAGGAGGAAUGUGUGCUCCCCUCAACAAAGUUGAAGGAGAAGCAUGUAAAUGUUAUCCAGCAGCUUGAACAAACCAUAGAAGACCUCAAAACAAAGAUUGCUGAGCUGGAGCAGCAGCCCCCCCUGGUGGACAAGGAUGGUUCCAGAAGCUCCACCACAGACAGAGAAUGUGGGGGGGAGGAGGUCCUCCUGAAGGCUCAGUGUGAUGCUCACUUCCAGACAGAGGCAGCCUCCUACCUUGGCUGUCUGGAGGCCAAGUCGGUGCAGACCUCCCCCAUGGAUGACAGCUUUAAAUUCAAAGUGCCUUGUAGUGAGCCUCCACCCAGGAAGGAGGCCUUCCACUGUUCAUGCCAACUACAGCCUCCUCCUCUUCCUCCUUCAUCUUUAUCUGAAAACUCUGUGCCGACACCUCCACCUCUUUCAUUGCUUGUUUCAGUAGAUCCUCCUCCUCCGCUACCUGGUGACCUGGCCCCUCCUCCUCCACCUCCUCCCCUACCAGGGUUUGUAGGACCUCCCCCUCCUCCUCCACCACCUCCUCUUCCAGGUUGCGGGCCACCCCCUCCUCCUCCACCACCUCCUCCCCAAGGUUGCGGGCCACCCCCUCCUCCUCCACCACCUCCUCUUCCAGGUUGCGGGCCACCCCCUCCUCCUCCACCACCUCCUCUUCCAGGUUGCGGGCCACCCCCUCCUCCUCCACCACCUCCUCCCCAAGGUUGCGGGCCACCCCCUCCUCCUCCACCACCUCCUCUUCCAGGUUGCGGGCCACCCCCUCCUCCUCCACCACCUCCUCUCCCAGGUUGCGGGCCACCCCCUCCUCCUCCUCUUCCCCCACCAGGAUUUGUAGGACCUCCUCCUCCACCACCACCUCCUCCCCCAGGUUGCGGGCCACCUCCUCCUCCCCCAGUUGGACCUAUUUGUGUCUCCCCAGCUCUUACUGGAGCUCUGGGCUAUCUGCCUCCCCCACUGCCCCUGGGUCUGUAUUCUCUGGCUCUAACUCAGGAAAAGCUACCCAGGAAAACUCUCAUGGAGCCACCCAGACCCAUGAAGCCCCUCUACUGGACCAGGAUCCAGCUCCACUCCAAAAAAGAUGUUUGUUCAUCGCUGGUGUGGGACACCAUUGAGGAGCCUGAUGUGGACUUUGAUGAGUUUGUGGAGCUUUUCUCCAAAACAGCUGUAAAGGAAAAGAAGCAGCCGCUCUCCGACACCAUAACGAAGUCUAAAGCAAAGCAGGUUGUGAAGCUUCUGAACAACAAGCGCUCUCAGGCAGUAGGGAUCCUCAUGUCCUCCUUACAUCUUGACAUGAAAGAUAUCCAGUGUGCUGUCUUGAACCUGGACAACAACGUGGUGGACCUGGAGACCCUCCAGGCCCUGUAUGAAAUUAGGGCACAACAAGAGGAGUUGGACAAGAUUGAAAAGCACAUAAAGUCCUGUAAAGACAAGGACGAUUCCAAGCCUCUGGACAAACCCGAGCAGUUUCUGUACCAGCUCUCCCUGAUCCCAAACUUCUCCAGCAGAGUCUUCUGCAUUCUGUUCCAGUCCAGCUUCUCUGAGUGCAUGUCCUUGAUCACCAGGAAACUGGAAAUCCUGCAGAGGGUGUGCAAGACACUGCAGGAAAGUGAAACGGUGAAAAAGAUUCUGGGUCUUGUUCUGGCUUUUGGUAAUUUUAUGAACGGUGGUAAUCGAACCAGAGGACAAGCAGAUGGCUUCACUCUUGAUAUCCUGCCAAAACUCAAAGAUGUCAAGAGCAGCGAUGGUGUGAAAAGUCUUCUCUCUUAUAUUGUAGCCUACUACCUCCGACACUUCGAUGAGGAUGCUGGUAGGGAGACAUGCGUGUUUCCUUUACCAGAGCCUCAUGACUUAUUCCAGUCUUCACAGAUGAAGUUUGACGAUUUUCAGAAAGACCUGACUCGACUCCGAAAGGAUCUGAGAGCAUGUACGUCAGAAGUAGAAAAGGUGUGCAAAGUGUCGGAUGAGGAUAACUUGCAACCUUUCAAAGAAAAGAUGGAGGACUUCAUUACACAAGCUAAAACUGAACUGGAAACUCUGGACAUUGAGCUGGGCAGCACUCAUAAACUGUUCCUGGAGCUCACAGUGUUCUUCUCAGUGAAGCCUAAAGCCGGAGAGAGGGAAAUCUCACCCAACACUCUCUUCUCCAUCUGGCAUGAAUUCGCCUCUGAUUUCAAGGAGCAGUGGAAAAAGGAAAACAAGGCCAUUCUCAAGGAGAGGUUAAAAGCAGCUGAAGAGUGUUUCCGACAAGCCAAGGAGAAGGCCUCAUAUAGCGUCAAACCCAAACAUGCUUCUGGAAUUAAAGCCAAGCUCGGCAUGAAGAUAUGACUCGGUGAAGUCUGCAUGUAUGUGUUCCACAACAUGGUCACCAGCAAAGGGACAAUUUGUGGGGAUGGAGGAGCAGAGAGGACAAGUGUUCUCGUGAAGCUGGAUCCACUCUGGGCAUUGUUUUAUUCCUUAGGCAGUCACGUGAACUUGUUUCAUCUCAUUCUGACCUCUGGCAUCUACGUGCUUCAAAAAAUAGUGAGUUGACACUAAGUUCAUAGUAGAAGGAUAAAAGGGUGUACAGGGAUUAAACAUAUUUGUAAAUAACUUUUAAAAUGAAUUGACCAAAUUAGAAAAGACUGUGUACAGACUGUAGCACCUAUUGUAAUGACUUGGUUGAAGUUUGAAGCAUCAAGAUCUUCGUGUGUUUUCAGCAGAUUAGAAAAACCGUCAUCAGCUGGUUCAUUCCAAGCAGAGAGGUGCAGAAAACAAGUAUUCAACCAACGGUUUCAGUCAGUUUCUAGCUCACUGUCAACUUUUCAUGAAUACAUGUAUAUUGAUGUCAUCAUUAACACUUUAACUGUGAAUAAAAAUAAAACCGUACUUCACUUAAUGAA